GACGCUAAAUUGAGCAAGCCACUCUUUCUUUCCCCGUCAAACGUUGAUUCUUCUCACUCUCUACAUUCCUACAAAGCGCUGCCCGUGUGCCCAUUUGUGUUCCUAUAUUUGGUGUACCUGCUUUAAUUGGACACUAAUCGAAAAGCCGUUGUUCAUUUCCUACCUAUGCGAUCGGGAAGAUGCCACGAAUAGGUACCAAACCAGUGGGCUUAGUUGCCUCUCUCUUUUUUGGUGAUGUCGUUGCUUUUCCUUCAUCUGCUUUAACUGAAGAAGUUCUUUCAUCAGAUUCUUGUGGCAGAUUUCAAACAUCAAUACUUGUCUUCAGAUUACGGCGUCGUUAUGCAAAUUAAGGCGGGCAAGUCGGUAUUCGCGUCCAUUCCAUUGGUUGACCCUGCACCCUACACAUAUCAAGUCUAUAAAACCAGCUCAUCUUUGCACAAAUUGUUCGUCUUUCCUCCAUCCCUUUACCCCUGCCAACAUGUCGCACCCUGAGGAGAAAACAUCUCACACUCCCACCGAUAGCUUCAACGAUGCCAAGUACAAUGAAUUGGAAAGCAAAGGUGUUGUCACUCAUGUUUUAACUGAAGAUGCACCUUUGGACAAUUACGUUUCAUCCGAUGAUGCCAAGAAGAUGGCAAGAAUUAUGCGCAAGAUGGAUUGGCGUGUGCUGCCAAUUGCCAGUCUUUUGUACCUUUUCUCUUUCCUCGAUCGUUCUGCUAUUGGUAACGCUCGUGUUGCUGGUAUGGAAGAGGAGUUGAAGUUGACACCAUCCGAGUAUAAUGCUUGUGUUUCCGUCUUUUUUGGUUUGUACUGUCUUUUGGAAGUGCCAUCCAAUUUGCUACUCAAGAAGUACGGAGCCAAGAUUUAUCUACCCAUCAUUGUCGUUCUUUGGGGUUUGAUCAUGGCUUUUACCGGUCUCGUCAAGAAUUUUGAAGGGUUGCUCGCCUUGCGUAUUCUUUUGGGAGGCUUUGAAGCCGGUCUGUUUCCCGGAAUCACCUACCACUUGACCAACCUUUACCCACGUAAAGAGAUUCAAUUCCGCAUCGGUGUCUUCUUCAGCGCUGCAACCAUCGCGGGUGCAUUUGGCGGUUUGUUGGCCUACGGUUUGUCAUUCGUCGAAAUUGGUGGAUACAACAGAUGGCCAUGGAUCUUCUUUGUUGAAGGUACUCUCACGGUUUUUGUUGGUGUUUGGUCAUACUUUAUCCUUUUUUCUUCCAUCCCUGAAGCCAAAUUCUUGACAAAAGAUGAACAAGACUUCAUGCAAAACGCAAUCAUAUACGAUUCAACUGCUAUUCCAAUGGACGAUUCAUACAGAUGGGAAUACGUUCGAGCUGGUUUGUUGGAUUGGAAGCCAUGGUUAUCCAUCAUUUCUUACAUUUGUUGUAUUACGCCCCUUUACAGUAUCGCUUUAACUUUGCCAACGAUUCUCAAAGUUAGUCUCAAGUAUGAUGCCGUUCAUGCUCAAUUGAUGACCGUUCCAAUUUAUAUCGUUGCAGCUUUUAUGGUCGUCGUUUUCGCUUUCUUCUCUGAUCGUUUUCAGAACCGUUCUGGGUUUUUGAUCGGUGGUUGUGUAAUCAGUGCUAUCGGAUGGGGUAUCGGUCAUGCUUAUCCAAACAAUGGAAAAGUUCGUUAUGGAGCAAUGUUUUUAUCUUCUUUCAGUUAUGCAGCUUUCCCAUCUGUGGUUGCACUUUUGACGCAAAACAUUGGCGGAAAGACUAAGCGUUCAGUUUGCAUUGCCAUUCAAGUUGGUGUUGGUGGCUUGGCAGGUAUUAUUUCAUCCAACAUUUUCCUUAAAAGAUGGGCACCUGCAUAUAUGACAUCUUAUCUGUUGAACAUUUUGUUCAAUUGUGGUGCAAUCUUUGCUGCAGGUAUUUAUUGGGCGUUGUUAUACCUUGCCAAUCAAAGAAAGAAACGACAAAUCGAUUCAGGUGCUGCUGCUCAAAUUUCGCCGGAAGUGUUGGCAACAAUGGGUGAUCAUUCACCUUAUUUCGUUUACAAAUACUAGAAGAAUAGAAUUCAAUCUCUACUAUUAGAUGCAUUGCAUAUUUUUCAUUAUUGUUUUUAUCUUUCUAUAUAUUGUUUUAGUAAUCUUCUCUUGAGAAUAUG